AUGCUGUUUUCACUUGGGACAAGUUUGGUGGCGCAAAAUGACGUGAAGGAUGCUUUUGUAGAACUUAUAAGUACGUGUCMAAAUAUUGCAGAUGGACAACUAUUUUCUGAUUAUGUUUUGGAAACGUAUGUUGAACCGGGUUGUUUAUUUCCACUUAUUUUAUGGGCUGAAACGCCAUCACUAAAUCCUAGAACUACAAACGGAGCUGAAAGUUUCCAUAAAACAUAUAACGCCCAGUUUACUAGUGCUCAUUCACCUAAAUUUGUUGUUAUAACUGUUAUAAGUACCCUAUCAUGGAAACUCAGGCAGAAACAGUCAUUAAAUUAUCAACUAUUUUUAAAGUAA